CUCAAAUUCGUGACGUCACGAAUCAAGAUGGCGGUAGGACGGUCUUUGUGGUGAUGUUUUGUCUUCUAGAGUUUUGAUAUAUUCGACACGGAAGGAAACAUAAAUGGACGAUUUCUACCGUACAGAAUACUUCUCAACAGGCUAGCAAAGACUUGUGGCACCAGACUCAAGUGUGUAACAGACUGAAGUCAUUGUACACAGCAACAGAAGUUUCAGUCGCCUCGUAAACUAUUUCCAUUUCCAUCAUGGCGAAACGAAAGCGAGCGGGGGAUGCAGACGAAGAUGUCGUCACCAUGUCGACAUUGAGAGAACUUCUCGACAAUCAGAAGAAGGAGUUGACCGGUCUCAUGGAAGUCCAGGAGAGGAACUUCAGAUCCUUCAUGGAAACGGUCAUGGUCACAACCAACAGGCGACUUGAUGACCUCAUCCGCGAGGUCCAGGACGUCAAGGGGAGCCUGCAGUACUCGCAGGGGGAGAUAGGGGGCGCUGGGACACGGUGUCGAGAAGAACAGGAGCAGAGGAUCGCUAAGAUUGAGUCACAAUUUGCAAAACUCAGAGCCGAAUCCAACAUCUUGCACCUCUACGUUAAAGGAAUCACUGGAAAAACAACUGUUUUGAGAAUCCACAAGGAUGCCACAGUGGACAAGCUGUUCCGGAAGAUCAGCAAGGGGAAUAGGAUACCUCCUGAAGAUUUGCGUAUCCUGUACACAACCAAGCAAUUGGAGUAUGGUGGUGACAAAUAUCUGUCUGACUAUGAUGUGAAAGAUGGGUCUACGCUUUUUGUUUGUCUUCGUCUGAGGGGAGGGUAAGAAUGUAUCUGCUCUAGCAACAAACAAGUACAACUCUGAGUCUACAUCAGGGUUGGACAGUAUGGGACCAUGUUGCUAGCAGUCCAUCUGUCCAUCCAUCCAUCCAUCCAUCCAUCCUGCUAGGCAGGGACAUCCAACAGCCAAACUGCCUG